GGCAGAAGUUGGUUUCAGUCUGAGGACAGAAUGCUGCAGCGCUCUUCAAACACCAACCAAAACCAGUUGGUUUCCCCAGAAAACCAGUGAAAGGGGUGUACGAGCUUUCUUCCACUCAGUCUUUACAGGAAAGUAGUCUCAUAAAGUCAAUCGUUGGAUUUUCAUCAUUGUUUUAAAAUGGGUGAGUCAAGUCUCUGUCAAGUGAGAGCAACGGUCUUGCUGUACGAUGACAGCAGCAAGCGUUGGGUGCCAGUAGGAUCAGAUGCACCCCAAUUCAGCCGUGUCCAGAUCUACCACAACCUUUCAACCAACACCUUCAGAGUGGUGGGCCGCAGACUGCAGGCUGAUCAGCAGGUAGUGCUCAACUGCCCCAUUGUCAAAGGGAUGAAGUACAAUCAGGCAACACCAAGCUUUCAUCAGUGGCGAGAUCCCAAACACGUCUGGGGCCUAAACUUUGGGAAUAAAGAAGAUGCAGCUGUUUUUGCCAACUCUAUGACGCAUGCAUUAGAGGCUCUCGGUGCACCUGGAACUGCAGUGUCAAGUCAAAAUGGACCAACCCCACAACAGCCUGAACAGCAGAAAAGGAUUGAGCAACAAAAGCAGGAACAGCAGGAGAAAGAGCCCAUAGGGUCAGAUGCCCCUACCUGCUCUGUAUCACCAGGUGCUCCUCCACCACCACCACCACCACCACCUCCUCCUUCUGCUGGGCCUUGCCCACCAGCACCUCCUCCCCCUCCCUCUGGUGGUGCGGUCCCACCUGCACCACCACCACCCCCUGCUGGAGGAAGUGGAAAAGUUGGAGGACAAGGAGGCAGCACAGAUCUUGCAGCUGCUCUUGCAGGAGCUAAAUUGCGGAAAACUGUGAAGGAUGAUGGGGCAGCACCAGCCUCCAAACCAUCAUCAUCAUCUGGUGGGGGCGGAGGAGGUAACCUAAUGGGGGAAAUGAGUGCAAUUUUGGCAAGGAGGCGGAAAGCUGCUGAUAAUCCUGUGGCAACAGUCAAAGAACCUGGAAAUGGAGAACUUUCCCCCACAGUUUCAAAACUUCCUGGAUCAGGAGAAACCAACAUGCCAAAAGAAAAAUCAGUUUCAACACCGAGGCCAAAAAGCUUAACUGCUACCCAAAAUGACCCGAUUUCCAGCUCCAUCCCAUCUGCCCCCUCUAACCCUACCCAAGGUCCAGGGUCCAGGCUAAAAGUGCCGACGAAAAACUCUGAUUGUGCAGAAGGUGAUGGUGAUAUCGCACGUAUCAAACAGGAGAUCAUAGAGGAGGUGAAAAAAGAACUUCAGGAAAUGAAGGAAGAAAUUAUCAAAGCCUUGAUCCAGGAGCUCCAAAGAUGAACGGUGAACAUUAAGGAAUCCUGGGAGGCCGAAGAACAUAAUGAAGAGAUCUGAAUUUCAAAACCAUUCCCAAGCCUGAUACCCACUGCACUGUUUUUCUGCAUUAAAUAUAUAAAAUGUCA